AUGGCCGAGGGCUAUGCCAAUGACCCCGAGUGGGCUAACAUCACUCCCAUUGAGCUCGACGAUGGCUCCGAGUCCGGUGCCAUGCCGCUGGCCACCAUCGCCUACCCAGACGAGUACCUCGAAGCAACAUCUUACCUGCGGGCCGUGAUGGCCGCGAAUGAAAUGUCCGAACGGGCACUGAAGUUGACCAAAGAUGUGAUUUCGAUGAAUCCCGCACAUUACACCGUCUGGAUCUACCGUGCCAAGAUCCUCUUCGCCUUGGAUAAGGACCUCACCGAGGAACUCAACUGGCUAAACGGAGUUUCUCUCAAAUACCUCAAAAACUACCAGAUCUGGCACCACCGCCAAGUCCUAAUCUCCUCACAAACACACUUCCCAACAAUGCCCCCCAAAGAACCAGACUUCCUCAUGGAAAUGUUCGCCCAAGACUCCAAAAACUACCACGUCUGGACAUACCGCCACUGGCUAGUCCGCCACUUCAAGCUCUGGGACUCACCCCGCGAACUCGAAGACGUCGAGGCUCUCAUCAAAGCCGACGUCCGCAACAACUCCGCCUGGAACCACCGGUACAUGCUCCGCUUCGGGCCCCGCGAUGACGUGCCCGAUGCGGGAAUGGUGAACUCGGGAAAUGCCGAUAUCAGCCCGGAGGAGAAGGGCCGGUUGCCCGUUGUGGAUGAGGAUUUGAUUGAUGCGGAGCUGAAGUAUGCGCAGGAGCAGAUUUUGCGGGCGCCGGAGAAUCGGAGUCCGUGGUGGUAUGCGCGUGGUGUUUUGCGGGCAGCGGGGAGAGGAUUGGGAGAGUGGGAGGGGUUUGUGGGGAUUUUUGUUGAUGGGGGAGGUGGUUAA